CGCUAUUUCUUGCGCGCGCUUCAGAAUCAGAUUGAGAAAACGAAAAGGUUGAAGCUGAAACCAAAUUCCACGAUAUAAAUUGGAAUCCCCCAUGUCCCAAUUAUUUUUCUCUUCCAUUCCCUUCCCUUCCCUUUCCACCCAACCCGAAGAUUCGUUCCAUUUUUCUUCUCUUAUUAAGGCGUUCAUUUCUCCUCAAUCUCUUCUUUUUUCUUACCCGCUUAACAUCGCACAUAUUCUGUAAUUAUACCAUUCCUUUCUUUCUUAGAUUCCUUUUUCUGGGCUACACUAUUCAUUUCGAAGAUUUUUUUCUUCUUUAAUUUGAUUUCAAUCAAUACAUACAUACACACAUGCAUACAUACUGUCGCUCUUUUUGAUUUAGUUAUUAUGUUAUUGUUCUUCUCGAAUCAACCGUAAUUGAGGCUUCUCUUUAUUGUUCUCGAGUUAGUUUGCAACUUUUCCGUUAUGGAUAAUUACGGUUCUUCACCUCCAUAUCCAUAUCACAAUCCUUACCCAUACCCUCGUCCAAUUCCAUCUCCUCAAUACCCACAUCCUUCUCAAUAUCCACCUCCUUCUCAGUACCCUCCUCCUCAUUACACACAUCCAAAUUCAGAUCCAUAUGCUCCUCCUCCUUACACUUACCCCUAUAAUAAUCCUUCACAUCCCUCACCAUUUGCAUAUCCCCCACCCCCAUCUCAUUCUGGCCCUGUUGAGUAUUUUCCACACCCACCCCAACAUUCUUCCCCUCUACCUUACCCAUAUCCUUACUCUGAUGCCUCUUCCACUAAUGCUGCUGCUAGGCCCUCUAUUCAAUAUCAUAACAGUUUCCUACCUGGUUCAUCCCCAUAUCGGUAUCAAGAAUCUAAUGCCUACCCUCCACCUGAAACUCAAUACCCACCACCCCCUUCACGAGUAAAUAGCUUCUCUGGCCACUAUAGGAAUGAUAACACUGAUUCCGUCUCGUCUGUCGCUUCUGCGUACCCACCUCUGGAUAACCUUUUGUGCAAUGUACAUUUAUCUGAUCAUCAACCAACUGCUCCUGCAUCACCUCCUGCACCUGCUGCAGCACCUUCACCUGUACAGCCUUCACCUGCACAGCCUUCACCUUCGUUAUUGGCUAAUUCACCUCAAAGUGCUAGAUAUGAUCGCCGUGACCGGUUUUAUGGCUUUCCGAAUUCAUCCUUUUCAAGUUUCGACACGGGGAAUUCAGAUCAAAUGAUUUCAUCCAAACAACCUUCGUUUUCCCAUUCAAGCUCAUUCAGUGGUUCUCAACAUAGCCAGAACUUGCAGAUUGUUCCACUGCACGGUAAAGCAUCUUUGAAAGUUCUGCUGUUGCAUGGAAACUUAGAAAUUUGGGUUAAUGAGGCCAAAAAUCUUCCAAAUAUGGACAUGUUUCACAAAACCUUGGGGGAUAUGUUUGCAAAAUUUCCUGGGAACAUGAGCAACAAAAUUGAAGGACACGUAAGUCAUAAGAUCACUAGUGAUCCUUAUGUAUCGAUCAAUGUAACAAAUGCAGUAAUUGGGAGGACUUUUGUUAUAAGCAACACUGAAAAUCCUGUAUGGAGGCAACAUUUCUAUGUACCCGUUGCACAUUAUGCUGCUGAAGUAGUUUUUGUCGUUAAAGACAGUGAUGUUGUUGGUUCACAGCUAAUAGGAACUGUGGCAAUUCCUGCUGAACAAAUAUAUUCAGGGUCUAUGGUUGAGGGAACCUUCCCAAUCCUACUUGGUGGGAAGCCAUGUAAGCCUGGAGCUGCUCUAAGUAUUUCUAUUCAAUAUACCCCAAUGGAGAGGCUUAGCACUUAUCACCAUGGAGUGGGAGCUGGCCCUGAUUAUCAGGGGGUUCCUGAUACGUAUUUUCCCCUCAGAAAGGGUGGAGCCGUCACUCUUUAUCAAGAUGCCCAUGUUCCAGACGGACACCUUCCAAAUUUGAUGCUUGAUAAUGGUAUGUACUAUGUGCAUGGGAAGUGUUGGCAUGACAUUUUUGAUGCUGUACGACAGGCUCGCAGGUUAAUUUACAUAACUGGGUGGUCAGUGUGGCACAAAGUGAAAUUAGUUCGAGAUACUGGCUAUGGAACAGAGUGUACCCUUGGAGAUCUUCUGAGGUCAAAGUCCCAGGAGGGAGUGAGAGUUUUGCUUCUUGUUUGGGACGAUCCCACUUCUAGGAGCAUUUUGGGUUAUAAAACUGAUGGUUUCAUGCAAACCCAUGAUGAGGAAACUCGCCGUUUUUUCAAACACUCCUCUGUACAAGUGAUACUUUGUCCUCGGAUUGCUGGAAAACGACAUAGCUGGGUUAAGCAAAAGGAAGUUGGAACUAUAUAUACACAUCAUCAGAAAACAGUUAUUGUGGAUGCUGAUGCUGGAAAUAAUAGAAGAAAGAUCAUAGCUUUUGUUGGAGGGCUUGAUUUAUGUGAUGGGCGGUAUGAUACUCCAUCACAUCCCAUCUUUCGGACCCUUCAAACAGUACACAAGGACGAUUACCACAAUCCUACAUACACGGGUAGUGUUGUUGGUUGUCCAAGAGAACCAUGGCAUGAUCUACACAGCAAAAUCGAUGGUCCAGCAGCAUAUGAUGUUCUGACUAACUUUGAGGAGCGAUGGAGGAGGGCUUCAAAACCUCACGGGAUAAAGAAGUUGAAAUCAUAUGAUGAUGCUUUGCUGAGUAUUGAAAGAAUUCAUGACAUAAUUGGAAUUUCUGAAGCACACUGCACUAAUGAAAAUGACCCUGAAUCAUGGCAUGUGCAGAUUUUUCGGUCAAUCGAUUCAACUUCUGUUAAAGAUUUUCCGAAGGAACCAAAAGAUGCCCCAAGCAAGAACCUCGUAUGUGGAAAAAAUGUGUUGAUUGACAUGAGUAUACACACAGCAUACGUGAAAGCCAUUCGAGCUGCGCAACAUUACAUUUAUAUAGAGAACCAGUAUUUCAUCGGGUCAUCCUUCAAUUGGAAUUCAAAUAAAGAUAUAGGUGCCAACAAUUUGAUUCCAAUGGAAAUUGCCCUUAAGAUUGCUGAUAAAAUCAGAGCAAAUGAAAGGUUUGCUGCAUAUAUUGUCAUCCCCAUGUGGCCUGAGGGUGUUCCAACCGCUGCUGCCACUCAGAGAAUACUAUUUUGGCAGCAAAAAACCAUGCAAAUGAUGUAUGAGGUGAUUUACAAGGCUUUGAUGGAGGUUGGUCUUGAGGAGGCAUUCUCUCCACAAGACUAUUUGAACUUCUUCUGCCUGGGAAAUCGUGAGGCUAUGGAUGGAAAUGAUCCUUUAUGUUCUGGAAGUCCUAAUGGAGAAAACACUCCUCAGGCACUUAGUCGGAAAAGCAGAAGGUUUAUGAUAUAUGUUCACUCCAAAGGCAUGAUAGUUGACGACGAGUAUGUGAUUUUGGGAUCUGCCAACAUCAACCAGAGAUCCAUGGAAGGAACUAGAGACACUGAGAUUGCUAUGGGAGCCUAUCAACCCCAUUAUACGUGGGCAAGGAAACUUUCACAUCCUCGUGGACAGAUCUAUGGAUAUAGGAUGUCGUUGUGGGCGGAGCAUAUGGGAACUACCAAUGAGUGUUUCAACCAACCGGAGAGCCUAGAAUGCGUGAAAAGAGUUAGAACAAUGGGAGAAUUAAACUGGAAGCAGUUUGCUGCAGAUGAUGUAACAGAGAUGAGAGGACACCUUCUGAAAUACCCAGUUGAAGUUGAUAGAAGAGGGAGAGUAAGAUCUCUUCCUGGUCAUGAAAAUUUUCCGGAUGUUGGAGGAAAAAUAGUUGGUUCAUUUCUUGGAAUUCAGGAGAACCUCACUAUCUAAAUAACGUCUUUAUGAUAGUUCGAGAUAAAAAGGUGCGUCUUUACAACUCUGCUCUGCAAAAUUUUGUUAGUUACUAUAACCAAAAUGAAUGAAGAAUUUAUAUACGGAAUAGUCAUCUUUUUCUUCUUAAUUUAUUUGGAGUGGCCUUUGUAACCCUAUGGAGUUCAUUAUAAUGUUAAUAGCAUCUCUAUUAUUUGAAACUAACACUUAAUACAUUGAUAUUAUUUAUUA